UGAGAGUCGGUCAGGAGCCGCUUCCAGGAUCCGGAGAAGCUGGGGUCAGGGCGGCUCCUCAAGACUGAUCUGUGAAAUGGCAGAGAAUGGAAAAAAUUGUGACCAGAGAUGUGUAGCAAUGAACAAAGAACAACAUAAUGGAAAUUUCACAGACCCCUCUUCAGUGAAUGAAAAGAAGAGGAGGGAUCGGGAAGAAAGGCAAAAUAUUGUCCUUUGGAGACAGCCACUUAUUACCUUGCAGUAUUUUUCUCUCAUCCUUGUAAUCUUGAAGGAGUGGACCUCAAAAUUAUGGCAUCGUCAAAGCAUCGUGGUGUCUUUUUUACUGCUGCUUGCUGUACUUAUAGCUACGUAUUAUGUUGAAGGAGCACAUCAACAGUGUGUGCAACGUAUAGAGAAACAGUUUCUCUUGUAUGCCUACUGGAUAGGCUUGGGGAUUUUGUCUUCUGUUGGGCUUGGAACAGGGCUGCACACCUUUCUGCUUUAUCUGGGUCCACAUAUAGCUUCAGUUACGUUAGCUGCUUAUGAAUGCAACUCAGUUAAUUUCCCUGAGCCACUCUAUCCUGAUCAAAUUAUUUGUCCAGAUGAAGAGAACAUUGAAGGAACCAUUUCUUUGUGGAGUAUCAUCUCAAAAGUUAGGAUUGAGGCCUGCAUAUGGGGUAUCGGCACAGCUAUCGGAGAGUUGCCUCCAUAUUUCAUGGCUAGGGCAGCUCGCCUUUCAGGUUCUGAACCAGAUGAUGAAGAGUAUCAGGAAUUUGAAAAGAUGCUGGAACAUGCAGAGACUGCACAAGACUUUGCCUCUCGGGCUAAACUCGCAGUUCAAAACCUAGUACAGAAAGUUGGAUUUUUUGGAAUUUUGGCCUGUGCUUCAAUUCCAAAUCCUUUAUUUGAUCUGGCUAGAAUAACAUGUGGACAUUUUCUUGUACCUUUUUGGACCUUCUUUGGUGCAACCCUCAUUGGGAAAGCGAUAAUUAAAAUGCAUAUCCAGAAAAUUUUUGUUAUAGUAACAUUCAGCAAGCACAUAGUGGAACAGAUGGUGGCUUUCAUUGGUGCUGUCCCCGGCAUAGGUCCGUCUCUGCAGAAGCCAUUCCAGGAAUACCUGGAGGCCCAGCGGCAGAAGCUUCACCACAGAAGUGAAAUGGGCACACCACAGGGAGAAAACUGGUUGUCCUGGAUGUUUGAGAAGUUGGUCGUUGUGAUGGUGUGUUACUUCAUCCUGUCUAUCAUUGAUUCUAUGGCACAAAGUUAUGCCAAACGAAUUCAGCAAUGGUUGAACUCAGAGGAGAAAACUAAAUAAGCAGAAAAAAGUUCUUAACUGCAGAAAUUAGAAUGGGUGGGUUCUGCCUUAAAGUGGGAAGAAUCCAAGCCAGAAAGGAAAAUUCCCUUUUCCAACCUGUAUCAGUUUAAAAACUUAAUUCCUGAAAGCAGUUUAGCCCAUAUUUUGCACUGGCAUACUUGUCCUUUGUUUGUUAAGGUAAGAUAGCCACCCUCAGUUCAGUCCAUGUUGUGUUUUAUCUGGGUGGAAUGUGAUGUUCAGCCACAAACUUAACAGAAACUGGCCUGCUGUUCCUUACCUUCAAAAGGCUCAUGUGGGACAAUUAGAGAAU